AAUUUCUUAUUACGGAAUCUUUCUACUCUUUCGAAAUUAAAUUUAAUUAUUUGUACUUAUUAUAAUUAACGGUUACGAAUAUAAUUUUUAUAAAUUAAUUAAGUUUAUUUUAAAUUCUAAAAGAGGUUUAUAGGGAAAAUUGCUUUAAGGUUUUGAGUUGGAGGUUAUUUUAUGUAAAACAAAAUGGCGACCUCCUUGUGUCGUUUAGGAUGCAAAACAAAUUUGAUUUUUAAGCAUUGUUUGUGGCUUCGCCCAAACAGAAGUAUACAUUUAACUGCUGCCUUGGAAAAAACACAAGCAGGAAAAUAUAAGGUGUCCCUCAAUCAUGACAAGCCAUUAACUUAUGAACAGGCAAAUGCCCCUCAUAGGAUUGGCCAUCGCAAAGCUUGGAACUCCUGGAACACGAGUUGUCUGUUGGAUGGACCUAGAGCUUCAGAAACUGCAGUUGAGGAUAUCUUCAUAAGAAAAUUCAUGUUUGGAACGUGGCAUAGACUUUUUCUUUCAGAAGUCAUCAUCAAGCGGAGGCAUAACAUGAUUUUUAUUGGUGGACUCAUCAAGCAGGCUCUCAUUCCAAGGAAGAUAUAUUUUCUUAUCGGAUAUACAGAAGAAAUAUUGAGUUACAUCCUAAAAUGUCCAGUUAAGUUAGAGUUACAGAGUGUAGAAAACCCAAAAGAUGUUAUCUUUAAGUAUAUUUAAAUUGAUUAUAAUUAAAAUUAGAUCUUUAAUAAACAUCAA